AUGGUUUCAAGAAUACUGCAAGAGUUAACACAGUGCAGAGAGGGUGUGACUGAGAGUAGAGUAAAGAAAUCUACCGAUUCUAAACGUUACUUUAUGAGUAAACCACUGAAAAAUGAAACGGAUUUUGGAACUCUGAAUGACAUGCCAACUGAAAGAUCAUCUUAUUCACCAUCAUCCUGUAGUAAUAAACCAGAUUUAAAACUACGUGAUAUUCUUGGACAUGAUUUUAAACAGGAAGCAAAAAUUCAAUUUGUUUAUGAUGCUGUCUAUGCAUUUGCUUCAGGAUUACAUAUACUUCAGCAGAAAUUAUGCCCAGGUAAUCCAUUGCAUCCUAUGUGGGACAAAAGAGGCUGUUUAGAAAAGAUGCUCAACUAUUCAGGAACUGAUUUUUAUCAAUUAAUGAUCAAUACUUCUUUUACAGACAACUAUGGUAAUUACGUUGCCUUCGAUGAAAAUGGUGAUGGAUAUGGACAAUAUUCAAUAUAUAAUUAUGCACGUGAUCCAUAUACUGGCCAAUAUCAUUAUCGUUUGGUUGGAGAUUUUCAAGGCGGUAAACUAACAAUGCGUGCACGACCUAUAUGGCCUGGUGGUGAAUCGAAAAACUUUCCAAUUAGUCAGUGUUCUGAAGAAUGUGGAUUCGGUGAAAUACGUCGUUUGGACAAGAAGCAACAGUGCUGUUGGUCAUGUGAAACAUGUGGUGUAGAUCAGCGUGUAGUCAACUUAACACACUGUGAAACAUGUCCAUUUCAACACUGGCCUUCAAAAGAUAAGAAGACAUGUGAAUUGUUAGAGCUCCAUUAUAUUGAUAUUUCAACUUGGUUCGCAAUCGUUCCAAUAACGUUUAGCAGUCUUGGAAUAUUAAUCACUGCAGGAAUUAUAGUUACUUGGCUUUUAUAUUCUGAAACACCUUUAAUUCGAGCUACAGGACGUGAAUUGGCUUAUGUACAACUAGCAGGAUGUCUUGUUUGUUACUCAUGUACAUUUAUUUUGAUUGCAAGGCCGUCAAUUUUUACAUGUUCAAUGCAAAGAAUUCUUAUUGGUCUUGGAUUUGCUAUGAUGUAUGCAUCACUGUUAACAAAAACUAAUCGUAUUGCAAGAAUUUUCGAUGCUGCAAAACGUACUACUAAACGUCCUGUAUACAUUUCACCGAGAUCACAACUUGUUAUUGCUGGAUCAUUGAUCGCCUUGCAAUUAUCCCUAUCAGCUAUAUGGUUUGGAUUUGAUUCACCUGAUACACGUAUCGAUGAAAUUCGUCCUGGUUUCUUAGUUCUACGAUGUGCAAUGAAAGAUAAAAGUUUUUUAAUUUCUUUAGCUUAUAACAUGAUUUUAAUUAUUGUAUGCACAGCAUAUGCUAUAAAAACUAGACAAAUUCCAGAGAAUUUCAAUGAAUCCAAAUUUAUUGGUUUCACUAUGUAUACAACUUGUAUUAUAUGGUUAGCAUUCCUGCCAAUGUAUUAUGCUACGAUUAGUAAUCAUCAGAUUCAAAUAGCAACUUUAUGCAUAUCUGUAGAUUUAAGUGCAAGUGUAAUGCUGUGCUGUUUAUUCUUUCCAAAAUUAUAUAUCAUUUAUUUACAUCCAGAGAAAAAUGUCCGGCGUUUAACAAUGAAUAACAUGACAGCUAAACAAAAAUUUGCUAAUUUAGUUAAACAGAAAGCAUCAACAAUAACAACUUCAACAAAUGUGUGCGUGUCAAGUUAUGUCUCAGAUAAUACUAGUUUAACAGUGAGUAGUAGUACAAAAACUGGUUUACAAACAGAUUCAGACAGAGGAAUAUUAGUCAGUCCCGCUGGUCCAACACAAUCGAAUAUGACUAGUCCAAAUUGUUUGAAAACAGAUAAUCGAUUCUUCAAUGAUCCAUCUCGCAGUUCUUCAUCAAUUACUCAGUCUGUUCAAGUGAUCUGUAAUUCGAUUGUCAGCGAUCAUAUCAAACCAACUAGUACUACAACAACAAUAACUACUACUAACACGACCACUACAACUUCUACAACUACAACAUCUCUUGAAUACAAACAAUCAUCGUCCUACGUGAAUACAUUAUUUAUGAAUUAUUUAAACAGAAAACAAAGCGACUGUUUAUCGAAUACAUCAUAUUGUGAUUUUCCAACACCAACACCAUUACUGUUAGACAACAUACCAAAUCGUUUGUUGCUUGUUAAUUCAGUCUAUUGUGAUGAAGACAGUGCUACUAUCACUGAUGAGGAAAAAGCUCCGGUUACCAUUACAAAAUCUUCAUCGACAAUGAGAACUUCUACAGAAACGACAAUAUUCACAGGUAUAAUGAGUAAUACGAUGACUAAACGAAUGAAUAUGACUACCUCAACAGGUAUUACUUCUUCAGUUGAACUAAAUCCAACUAAAAAUGAUCAAUACGCUCAAGGUCAAAAUUCAAGCUGUAAUCAAUAUUCAAAUUGUUGUAGUCAUCAUCCAUCAAGCAAAACAAUGAUAAAUAAUCCACUGAAACAAAUACCACCAUCAUCAUUAAUAUCUAAUCGUUAUGCAUCAUCAUUUUCGCCAACUAAUUCACUUGGUUCAAUUGAAUCACCUAAUUUAAGUGCACCAAGUUCAGAAUUAUACAAUCAUAGUUAUGGUGAAGAUACAGUAAUGAUGCAAAAUAGUGAAAAUAUUGACAGUUCAUUUCGUGAUAGUGAAUCAUUAUUUGUACGUAUAGAUAAACAGGGGAAAACGAAUUCACGUAAUAUUGAUUAUACAAAACAGACUGUUACAGCAUUAUGA